AUGAACUCAUGGAACCUGAGUUCUUCAAUACCGAUAGUACAUACGCCUCAUGACCACCCCCCGACAUCAGAAGGAACAUCAGGUAGUAACCGAAAAGAUGACAAAUCGAAACACGAAGAAAGGGCUGGUUCAGAUGACCUAAGCCCUAUAUGGCAUUGUGUAGUCUCCGGUGGGAUUGGUGGGAUAAUAGGAGAUUCUGCGAUGCAUUCAUUGGAUACCGUCAAGACAAGACAACAAGGUGCACCUAAUGUCAAAAAAUAUAGGAACAUGAUCUCUGCAUAUCGUACUAUUUGGCUAGAGGAAGGUGUGAGAAGGGGACUGUAUGGUGGGUACAUGGCCGCCAUGUUAGGCUCCUUCCCAUCAGCGGCAAUCUUUUUCGGGACCUAUGAAUAUACUAAGAGAACAAUGAUAGAAGAUUGGCAGAUUAACGACACCAUCACACAUUUGAGCGCCGGAUUCCUUGGUGACUUCAUCUCCAGUUUUGUUUAUGUUCCCUCAGAGGUCCUAAAGACAAGGUUACAAUUGCAAGGAAGGUUCAACAAUCCUUUUUUUCAAUCUGGCUAUAAUUAUUCAAAUUUAAGAAAUGCCAUAAAGACAGUUAUAAAAGAAGAAGGGUUUCGCUCUCUAUUCUUUGGCUACAAAGCCACUUUGGCCAGAGACUUGCCAUUCAGUGCAUUGCAGUUUGCAUUCUAUGAAAAAUUCAGGGAAUUGGCGUUCAAGAUCGAACAGAAAGAUGGUAAAGAUAGAGAGUUGUCUAUACCUAACGAAAUAUUGACUGGUGCCUGUGCAGGUGGACUGGCGGGGAUUAUUACCACACCAAUGGAUGUCGUUAAGACUAGAGUCCAAACUCAACAACCGCCUAGUCAAAGCAACAAAUCGUAUUCAGUGUCGCAUCCGCAUGUAACAAACGGCAGACCAGCGGCACUUUCCAACUCAAUUUCGCUCAGUCUGCGGACGGUCUACCAAUCUGAAGGUGCGCUAGGAUUCUUCAGUGGUGUUGGGCCUAGGUUCGUUUGGACAAGUGUUCAGAGUAGUAUAAUGUUACUUCUGUAUCAAAUGACCCUACGCGGAUUGGGUAACGCAUUUCCAACUGAUUAG